GCGGUGACGGCGGAAGAUCCCUGUCUGGGCGCGUGACGGCUUCGUGCUUGCGUGUUCGCUGUGGUCGCGGGGACCCCUGCCCCAGAGGCUUGUGGCCGGGCCUCCAGGAUGUUUGUCCUGGUAGAGAUGGUGGACACAGUGCGGAUCCCCCCAUGGCAAUUUGAAAGGGAGCUUAAUGACUCCAUCUCGGAGGAGCUAAACAAGAAGCUAGCCAACAAGGUUGUGUACAACAUCGGACUUUGCAUCUGCCUAUAUGACAUCACCAAAUUAGAGGAUGCCUACGUGUUCCCAGGGGAUGGCGCAUCCCAUACUAAAGUCCAUUUCCGCUAUGUGGUGUUCCACCCCUUCUUGGAUGAGAUCCUGAUUGGCGUGAUCAAAGGCUGUAGCCCCGAUGGGGUCCACGUCUCUCUAGGGUUCUUUGAUGACAUCCUCAUCCCUCCAGAGUCCUUGCAACAACCUGCCAAGUUUGAUGAGGCUGAGCAAGUGUGGGUUUGGGAAUAUGAGACCGAAGAAGGAGCCCAUGACUUGUACAUGGACACGGGGGAGGAGAUCCGCUUCCGGGUGGUGGACGAGAGCUUUGUGGACACAUCCCCGACGGGGCCGAGUUCUGCUGAGGCCUCCACGUCCAGUGAUGAGGCUCCCAAAAAAGAGGCCCCUUAUACCCUAGUGGGAUCCAUCAGUGAACCAGGCUUGGGGCUUCUCUCUUGGUGGACCAGCAGCUAAUGAUGGUCAAGAGGAUGUAUCUGUGACACCCGUUAGAACGGACAGGCUGGGGUGCUGGCCUCUACUCCCCCAGGAGCCCCUCUUCCCCGCUGCACCUUGGCUUCCUCUUGUCAGGGGAGCUGGGAAACGAGAAGACCCCCGUCCCCUCUGCUCUCCGUUUUGUGGCCCUGGGCUAAGACAGAGCGGGCCUCCCAGAGGGCACAGCACGAGGGUUGCUGUGAGAUCUGUGCCCAAGGGCCACAGCCAGGGGAGAGCCCUGGUAUUGCUGGGAGCGUUUCUCCAGUCUGGCCUCUACGGGAAAGGCAGUGAUCUGGAGGUUGGAAGCCCUUGCUGACUUUGUAACCUUCCUCCCUCCUGGCCUGUUUCCUCUUCAUGAGCAGGGCUGCCCUGAACAAGGAUCUUCCCAGCUGAGCGACCCGUCCCAUGGCCGUCACCAUUUGCCUAUGUGGGCUUGAGUGGCCGGUCACAAACGCGUGGCAGCAGGGAUUUUGGCCUCUUGUGAGGGAAUGACGGCUACCGCCUGGGGAGCUCCAGGGGCUCAGACACUUGACGGGCAUUUGGGGAGCUGUUGUAACCCCAGAAUAAAGUAGCUUUCUUGGCA